GAUUCAAAACGAGGCUCUGUUUAACAUAUCUGUGCCAAUCUGAUCAGCUCUAUAAAUAAAUGACAGAACAGGAUUUCAUUCACAAAAGAUUUUCACUAGCUGUCCGACAAUUUUCAAAGUUUUUCAAAAUCAGUCUUAGCAAAAUGUUUGUUCAUUUUUUUCAUCUAAUAAAACGUUUCGCGUUUAAAUUUUUAAAUUUGAUCUUUUCUAUUCCAAAAUAUAUGAGGUAUCAGCCCAAAGUGAUGGAUUGGAAUACGCUUCAUGUAUAUGGUGAACAUGAAUGCCAGUCAUCAGAGGGAGGGAAAGACUUACAUCAAUAUCUCAUCGGUUGUGAGAAGAACCCAGGCCAUACUCAAUUUAUACCCGUUCAUUUAUUCUCUCUGCACCAUUUGCCUGAGGAUUAUCGUGACAUUGAUUUAUAUGACAUGAUCAUGGCCGAAGCUCAGCUCACCGUGAGAGUAGACGUGAAAAUAAUUAGUCCAAAUAGACCACAGUUUUGGCCUGGGACUGAACAACCUUAUCCUUUCUUUAAGGGGAGAGGAAAGAAAAAAAAGAGAUUUGGAAGUGGGGAGAUAGAUGUAUACAAAUAUGUAAACGGGCAUGGAUACGAUGGACAUGGAAGUAGACACGAUAUAGAUGGAAAUCCAUAUAAAGGAGAUGACCAUUCAUGUCCUUGCAAACAAUGUCGAGAGUCGAAAACACCCAGCGACGUCUGGUGGGUGAUUAUUGUUAGGACAGCAACUCACGUUGUUUUCGACGCUGUUGAAGCAAGGCAGACAUCGUUGAGGCUGUUUCACGACAAAGAGGACAGCCCAACCACCAUUCUUAACGGCUUUCAAAUCGGGAAUGCGAACGUUAGCCACGACAAGUGUUCAUUAUCCCUCGUGACUUGGGACGUCAUAGGAGCUAAAUUAUUCAAGAUGGUGGAAUGCUUGUACGCAAAAACUAGUCGAGUGGUUUUGAAAUACAGGAAACGAUCUAGUGAAAAAUUGAACUUUAUAGUGUCCCAUCCACAUGGCUGCUCAAAGCAGGUCAGCCUUGGACGCUGGGUGGUCAAUGAGAAAGUCAGUUCUUAUAAUAACCGCUACGAUACCACAAGGCUGACCUACACCACGUGCACGUGUCCAGGAAGUAGUGGGGCCAGUGUCCAGUGUGUGGGAGUGGCCAACAGUCAUUACCACAGCGGGGCGCUUUCUGGUGGAAGGAAUGUCAGUGGUGCUGGUUUCUACAGCUGUAAAAAUCUCUUGUAAACAUUGUUUCUGUUUCUUUCUAUUACCGAGGCUAUAUCGUAACAGAUGUCACCAAUUUAUAGGGAAAGGAAUUUAGCUAGUUCCCUCAGCAACUAAAAAAACAGCCAAAGUUCUCUAUUCUUUGUGGUCAGGAAACAUUCGUUGUACUUCUUGCUAUCAAUAUGUUAAUACGUGCCUUAUAUAGCUUUUGAAUUUAAGUAUUUAUAAGUAGCAACCCUUGUAACUGUUUUUAUCAACCAAGAUGAUAAACAUCUUAUUUCUCAGGUACUGCCAACACAGUAUUUUUUUGUGGUUAAUUACUUACGAUAAUUAACACAGCCCAUCUUUUUUUGUUUUACUACAGGUCAACAUGAAUGUCUGAUGAUUGAAGACACAAAAGCUGAUUUACAUAAACAUUAUGUUGGCUGCACGAAAAAUCCAGAUCAUAGGCAGUUCAUAUUAUUCAAACAAUUUAGCUUAAAGCACCUGCCUGAAGGUUAUCGCGGCGACAAUGACUUGUUUGAUUUGAUCGUUUUCACGGGGAAUUUAACUGUCAGAGUCGAUGUCAAAAUGACCAGUCCACACAGGCCUGAUGUAUGGCCAGGUACAAGUCAUCCAUAUCCUUUCUAUGAUUUGAGGGGAAAAACGAAUAUGCGACUAGGAAGUGGGAGAGUCUCAGUGUUAAAGUUUAUAAACGGAAGCGGAUCUGACGGUUAUGGAAAUGACAUCAAUAUAGAUGGACAUAAAUAUUCAACAGCCUAUCAAUCUUGCCCGUGCGAGAAAUGUCAAAAUUCAGGCAGCGCCAGUCAGGUCUGGUAUGAGAUUGUCGCAAAGACUGCCACCCACGUGGUCUUUGAUACCAUCGAGGCGAGCCAUACUACAUGCAAACUGUUUUAUGAUGACCACGAUAGUCCAGUGGUCGUUCUUGAUAAGUUUCAAGUCUACGGCGCUAGUGUUGAGGACGACCAAUGUGACAUGAAAUAUGUGACAUGUGACAACGAACUAGGUGAAAAACUGUUUAAUUUGGUGAAACGCUUCUUUGAAUUGUCGAGGAAACUUUAUUUGAAAUACAAAAAGCGAUCUGAUAACACUCUGUGUUUCAUUGUUUCCCACCCACAUGGUACCACUAAACAGGUCAGUAUUGGACACUGGGUGGACAAUCGCAAGGUCAGGGACUAUAAUAAGAGCUAUAAUAAGACGCAGCUGAAGUACACAACCUGCACGUGCCCAGGUAGUAGCGGAGCAAAUGUCUCUUGCGUUGGAGUCUCUAACAUUCAUUUUCAUAGCGGGGCUCAUCUUAAAGGACUCAAUGUAAGCUGUGCAGGGUUCUGCUCUAAACGCGACAUGAAAAUACCGCCUGAGUGAUCCGCAUUAAUGUGUUUAUCAGUCCAUGUAUUUCUUUAUCAACUCUUUGGUAUCUUAUCCUAUCCUAUCUUAUCUUAUCUUAUCUAGUACAGAGGCCACUUCAAAAAGAGAAGAUAAUUGUAGUGUGUGUGUUUUUUUUUCUGAUGUAACCAUGUAUAAAAUUAAGUCAAAUGAUUAUUUUUAUAAAGGCUGAAAAGAUUCUGAUGUAGCCAUGUCAAACAUUAAGUCAAAUGAUUAUGUUUGUAAAAGCUGAAAAGAUUCUGAUGUAGCCAUGUCAAACAUUAAGUCAAAUGAUUAUGUUUGUAAAAGCUGAAAAGAUUCUAAUGUAACCAUGAGUAAGCAGUGAAAUGGAGGGUAGGGGCAAAGUGUGGGGCUCUCGAGGGAGGCGCCACUAAUAACAUUUUGUGAACCACUGUUUUAUGCCUGCACUGUUCUUACUCUGGGAACGAGUGAUUUCUAGAUCAUAAAUCUUGAUGUUCAACGUGAAAAAUGGAAAUAAAUAUAUAUGUUUUUAAAUUAUAUUAAAACAUGCUACAACAAUCGAA